CAGAUAUGUGUCCAUAUGUAAGCCUCUGCAAUAUCCAACCAUUAUGAGAAAAACAAAAGUAACCGUUUUCCUCGUUUUAUCUUGGCUUUUGCCCGCCUGCCACAUUGUUGUGCCGGCCGUUGGAUUUGCUCACUUAAAACUGUGCAGCUUUACUUUGAAAGGCAUUUACUGCAACAGCUCAUUGAAUUAUAACUUCUGUGUGAUUUCAAGAGCGCUGUAUAUUUACGGCCUGGUGGUUCUGUUCAACCUCAGCCUCCUUCCAAUGGUUUUCAUACUGUUCACUUACACAAUGAUUAUCAUAGUGGCCUGUAGGAGCGGUGGGGAUGUGAGGAGAAAAGCUGCACAGACGUGUUUACCUCACCUGCUGGUUUUAUUAAACUAUUCCUGUUUGCUCACUUACGAUGUGAUCAUUGUCAGACUGAAGUCCGACAUUUCAAACACUGUAAGUUUUGUGAUGACACUGCAAAUAAUAAUGUACAGUCCUCUCUUUAACCCAAUCAUAUAUGGACURAAAAUGAAAGAAAUUUACAAAYACCUGAAGGGGUUGUUCUGUCACGCCAGAGGGAAAUAAUAGCGGCUUUAAGCUUUCAUUGUUUUUGCCUUUURAUGGAAAGCUUUGGUAGUUUUGACUCCCACAUUGUCUGACUGAUAACAUCUGUCUUUUUAAAAUCUGUACUCUCAAAGAGUACCAGUGUUUCUCUAGUUCUUCAGAAAGCUUAUUAUGUUCCUGUUAGUCGUUCUCUCCCAAGUUUUAUUUCAAAGCCAGAGAGAAAAGGUGGCACCGUUAAGAUGACAUCUUUAACAGCUCARAUGGACGUCAUACACAGCUGAGGAAAAGAUACUCUGUCAUUCCAGCUUUCAUUGUUUCACAUUUUACAUUGUGUGGAAAUAAAUUUCAAAAUGUGGAAAAUUUUUUCAUUAUUAAUGCCUUUUAAAAAGUACCAUAUUAGUCACCACUCUGUCUCAAAUGGUUAUUUUAGAUUAUUUAUUUUAGAUUCUUUAUUACCUGAUGAUAAUAAUGAGUCUUUGUAAUCUUAUAU